GCUUUGUUGGGUUGCUACAUGCUACUGCUAACUAGCAAGUAUUUCCUGCCUGUGACUGGACACAGCUAUGGACAUCGACGCGUUAUUGGAGGCGUUUCAAGAAUUUGAGAAGAAAGGCAAGAAUGAGACCUGUCCUGAACUAGAGCAAUUCUUGGGUCAUGUUGCCAAGACGGGGCAACCAAUUCUUGCAUUUCCAAUAUUUUUCCAGGAUCUCAUGGUCGCAGUUCAAAACGUACUUUGUGUUUAAAUUGGAAAAAGUCAUGGAUGAUUUCCAUGCUUCAACACCGGAACAUAGAGCGCCACAUAAUCCCAAUGUGGACUAUGUUCCCUUCGAAGAGAUGAAGACGAGGAUCUUAAAAAUAGUGGAUGGUUACCAUGGAAUCCCAUUCACCAUCCAGCGUCUAUGUGAACUCCUUAUGGACCCCAAGCGCAACUACACAGGAACACAUAAGUUUCUCAUGGGUUUAGAGAAGAAUGUAAUGGUGGUCAGCUGUAUGUACCCCGCAUCAGAGAAAAAUGGGGCAUCCAGUGUAAACAGAAUGAAUGGAGUGAUGUUUCCUGGUAACUCUUCUCUAUAUUCAGACAGUCGAAAUGUAAAUGGACCGGACACACCAAAACCGCUCACCAGACCAAAGCUGUCACAGGCGUCCUCACUUUCCUCCAACGGACUCCCAGACUGUACAAUCAGUAAAGAGCCAGAGCCAACCACAGAGGGGGCGGAGGAGCAUCUUAGGAGUGAUUCCUCGCCAUCAGCAGGUGGUGUUACAACAAGCAGCGGGAUAAAGAACAAACACCCCGAGGAGGAAGAGGAGGAUUCUGAAGCGGACAAACGUGAGGUCAAGAGACUUAAGUUUGACCAAAAGAAAGAGGAUGAAACGGGAAGUGGAGAAAAGGAAUCUUCUUGUUGUAAAGAGUCAGAGAGCUCGUCAGAAGACAAAAGAGGAACAUCUUGUAAAACACAUACUGUUUCAGAGGAUGAUGAGCCCAGCAGCACACAGACAGGACUUUCUGAAGGGGAAGAAGAAUCGUCUGAGAAGGUAAAGGACCCAAGUCUGGCAGAGGUUAACACUGUGGAUCCACCUGAGGCUCCAUCAGAGAAGAGUCCAAGCGUCGAGGAGGAAAAUACGGAGAGCAGCAGCAGCAGCAGCAGCAGCGAUGGAGAAGGUCUACCCGGCGACAAGCAGCUCCCCUCUUCUAGUAGUUCACCUGACUUGUCAGCAGAGGGCAACGCUGACAGUUCAAACAUUGCAAAGACUGAAACAGAGCACGAGGAAAAUGACUAACUUGAGGCCGCCUGCCAACUGACUUUUUUUUUACACUGUAUGAUAUCACACAAAGGGUAUUUACUCAUGAUGUCUGUGGACUUCAGGACCAGGACGGACCUCAGAUCCCUCACUGAACGAUCCCUCAAAUACUCAAAGUCUACACAUCAGCUGGUCGUAAAACUGGAAGGAAAGGAUUUCAAGAUUAUGGAGACUUUUUUCACUGUUGACUAAAACUUUUUCUAACCCUUUAUUCAUUGAUUUUUAUAUAAGCAUUAUAAUUUAACCUUGAUAAAUGAUGUAUAGUAAUUUCAUUACUCUUAAGUCCUUUGGCAUGUAUUUCCAAAAAAGAUACAUUUAGCAUUUUGAGUUGUGUCUUGGCCUCAGCAUAGUUGUUUUGACUAUUUUUCUGAUGAAUGUGUAUGAACACAUGCCAUUAAGAAUGCGCAGCAACACUUCAUAGGCGUCAGAUUUUUCUAUGAAGCACUUGUAUUGCUUAUUAAAAUUAAAUCGCACUUGUUUUCAUUAACCCCUUGAAGGAUGUGGAAAUGUCAUAGUUUUGCUUUCUCACUUUAAACGGCCAAUGUAAACACAAAAUAUUGCCACUAGUCACCAGUUUGGUUUUUAUAAAUGAAUGGUUUGGCCAUUUCUGCAUCAAAAUCUGUCACACAACACAAAGUACUUUUACACUUUCUGUAUGUAAUACCUUAGUUGUACAAAUAUCUCUUUUGAUAGCUUGGAUUUUGACAGUACACAUCUGUAAAUGUUUUUUUGUAGACUUGUUAUACAUGUCCACUGCCUUCAUAACACUGAUAAUUGCUGGAAAUUGAGUGCUUGAGCUUGUAUCAUAGUAUUCGUGGAAAGCAAUAAAUGCUAAAAUUCAAA